ACAUAUACCACACGUAGCACAUUAGAGGCGGGAACCUUCGAAGGUACCUGUAGACGUUCGUUCAUCGGGAGGAUGCUUGUUGACUGUGCCAGUUAUGACUGAGAAUAUGCACUUGCGGAGGCGAGGAGGACCGUACAAGACGGAGCCGGCUACGGACCUGAGGCGCUGGAGGCUUUCUAACGUCGAGGGCAGGCAGACCUGGUCAUACCUGGAGCAUGUGGAUGCCUCAGAAAGGGAGCAGACCAUGCUAGAGGCCCAUUCUUUAGGCUUGGACACGAGCAAGUUUGUGCACGACUCCCCAGCCGCCCGCACGGCCGUGGAUGCCGCCCUGAAAGGUAUGAACUUCUACAGCCACCUCCAAGCCGAGGACGGCCACUGGGCGGGGGACUACGGAGGACCGCUCUUCCUGCUACCCGGUCUACUGAUCACUUGCCAUAUUGCUAAGAUCCAUCUGGAGCAGACCUGGAAAAAAGAGAUGGUGCGAUACCUGCGCUCUGUUCAGCUGCCAGAUGGAGGCUGGGGCCUACAUAUCGAGGACAAGUCGACGGUGUUUGGCACGGCUUUGAGUUACACCUCGCUACGGAUUCUGGGUGUCGAUCCGGAUGAUCCCGACUUGGUUCGGGCGAGGAACAACCUGCAUAGCAAAGGCGGUGCGGUGGGCAUCCCAUCCUGGGGUAAAUUCUGGUUGGCCAUUUUGAAUGUCUAUGACUGGGAAGGAAUGAACACGCUCCUACCAGAGAUGUGGCUGUUCCCCAGCUGGCUGCCGGCCCACCCGUCUACGCUGUGGUGCCACUGUCGCCAGGUCUACCUCCCAAUGAGCUACUGUUACGCCGUGAGACUGGUGGCCGACGAGGACGCCCUGGUCCUUGGCCUCAGACAGGAGCUUUAUAUCCAAGACUAUGCCAGCAUCGACUGGCCAGCUCAGCGCAGCAAUGUGGCGGCGUGUGACUUGUACACUCCACACAGCAAACUGCUGUCUGCAGCCUACACCAUGCUCAAUGUGUACGAGGCCCACCACAGCGCCACGCUGAGAGGAAUGGCCGUCAAAGAACUGUACCAGCACAUCCAGGCCGACGACCUCUUCACCAAAUGUAUCAGCAUUGGCCCGAUCUCCAAGACAAUCAACAUGCUGGUCCGCUGGUACGUAGACGGCCCCUCGUCUGCAGUCUUCCAGGAGCACGUGUCCAGAAUCGCCGACUACCUCUGGCUGGGACUGGAUGGUAUGAAAAUGCAGGGCACCAACGGGUCUCAGCUCUGGGAUACUUGCUUUGCUGUUCAGGCUUUCCUUGAGGCGGGAGCCCAAGACAACCGUCAACUCGCCGAGUGUCUCCGACGCGCCCGGCAGUUUCUGACAAUCACGCAGAUCCCAGAUAAUCCUCCCGAUUACCAAAAGUACUACCGUCAAAUGAACAAGGGAGGCUUCCCCUUCAGCACGCGCGACUGCGGCUGGAUCGUGGCCGACUGCACGGCGGAGGGCCUCAAGUCGCUGAUGCUGCUGCAGGAGGCGCGCCCCUCGCUCGGCGAGCCCGUCGCGCCUCAGCGCCUCUACGACGCCAUCAAUGUGUUGCUGAGCAUGAGAAACUCUGACGGCGGCUUUGCCACGUAUGAAACAAAGAGAGGGGGGAAACUUCUCGAGCUGCUGAACCCCUCCGAGGUCUUCGGUGACAUCAUGAUCGAUUACACCUAUGUGGAAUGUACGUCAGCAGUGAUGCAGGCUCUGGGCCAUUUCCACAAGGUGCAUCCUGAACACCGCGCGGAGGAAAUCAGGAAGACCCUGGAAGAUGGGCUGGAGUACUGUCGCAGGACGCAGAGGCCCGACGGAUCGUGGGAAGGGUCCUGGGGCGUGUGCUUCACCUACGGGACCUGGUUUGGCUUAGAAGCCUUCGCUUGUAUGGGACACCAUUAUCAGAGGAACGGCUGCGCGGAGGUACGCCGCGCCUGCCGCUUCCUUUUGGAUCGGCAGAUGGCGGACGGCGGCUGGGGGGAGGACUUUGAGUCGUGCGAGCAACGGCGCUACGUCCAGAGCGGCUCGGCGCAGAUCCACAACACCUGCUGGGCACUGUUGGGCCUCAUGGCGGUCAGGCACCCUGACCGGCGGGCCAUCGAGCGAGGUGUCAAGCUGUUGAUGGACAAGCAGCUGCCCAACGGAGACUGGCCUCAGGAGAAUAUCUCGGGCGUGUUCAACAAAAGCUGCGCCAUCAGCUACACCUCCUACAGGAACGUCUUCCCCAUUUGGACCCUGGGCCGCUUCGCCUCUCUCAACCCCGGCAGUUCUCUGAGCGGCAAGGUCAAGCUGUGAACGCGUCAAAACGGAAGAGCCGAAAUGUACAUUUCAACUGUCAAAGUGUCUCUCCGCAUUGCCUUGAGACUUUUUUCUGCGAGCAGGAAAUGGCUUGUUUACAACCAGCGGAGUGGCAAAUUACACAACCAUUCAUUUGA